AUGCUCCGACGUGUGGCUGCCCCUGUGGACCCUGUGGUCCGUGCGGACCCUGCGGCCCGUGCGGUCCCUGCGGUCCCUGCGGCCCUUGCGGACCUUGCCGUGGCCCGUGCCCUCCGUGCGGCCCCUGUGGACCUUGUGGGCCUUGUGGACCAUGUGGACCUUGCGGGCCGUGCGGCCCUUGCGGCCCCUGUGGCCCGUGCGGACCCUGCCGUUGCCCGUGCCCUCCGUGCGGACCUUGCGGGCCGUGCGGCCCUUGCGGCCCCUGUGGACCGUGCGGACCGUGCGGGCCCUGCGGUCCCUGUGGACCCUGCGGCCCAUGCUGCCCCCGCAGCCCUAACCCUACGAAGACUGAGACACAAGUCGUUUUCGUUGGGCCCAGCAAGAGUGAAAAGGAGCUCACGGUUCCCAUCACUGACGAGCGACGCCUCUACUAGGAAGAGCACAGACAUUCGCCACAGCAUAUCCAGUCCCAACCUCGCGAUUCGCUCUAUCAGAUGCGUCCCCAUGAGAAGCUUUAGCACCACGUAUAUUCGAAAAGCCAAAAGACCUCUAAGUACAAUUCCCGUGUGCCGGGAUCAAGUGAAUAGUCAAUACACGUCUUUAAGAUCUUACACGUGCAACGCUGGUUGCCCUUGCCCGUUUCCGUGCGGUCCUUGUGGAUGUAAGUCUGGCUGCAGCUGUCUGCCUCCGCCCUGCAACACACCACCUCGUUGCAUUCAGUACAUGACCGGCUAUUACUACUACCCUUAUGGUACUUGGUUUUGCGGACCGUACCACGUCUCUGGAACUUGUGUUCCUGUUCCGAAACCUGGUUGUGUACCCUGUGGGAAAUGCUGCGCAUGUCCCUGCAUUUGUCCUGCAGCGACUGUGUUCAAUCCUCCAGGAUUGGGAAUGCCAGCUCAGCAAGGUUCAUUUGAUGCUAGCCCGUCCAGGCGACAGGGUAUUUCGCGACUCUUCCCGAACUUCCCAAAACCCACUGGGUUCAACCCUAGAAAUCCCAUUCCUCCUAUCAUCUCUUCUAUUGUAUGCGAUCCUUACAUGACACCAAAUAUGAAUUCUCAAACCACAAGACCUCCUAUAUCUAUACCUGAAGAAUAUGAACCGAAGACUUCGUUACCCCAAUGGAAAGUGAAUGCAUCGUUUGGGAAAAAGUCUUUAAAAAGUCCCAUUUGCCAUAAACGGUUUCGUCAGAACUACCAAUGUCCGCAACUAGAUAGGCCGCGCGUCAUUUUAACCAACAACACUUGGAGGAAAGUCAUCCGAGGUUACUCCCGGAGAAUAUUUUUUGGCCCAGCAUCGAGCCCAAAGGAAAUCAAGAUCAAACCAAACAUCAAGGGCCACCGACUUGUACCGUACAGCAGUAUGUCCGCGCCGUGCAUUUCGAUUAGAACACCAGGAAGGUUUUUGAUUCCUCCACUCAAGUCUCGAUCAGCUAUCUUCGGUACGAAGAAACAGUCGCGGCAGUUUACCACGUGCCAAAACAGAUGCAACUCUUCUCCCUCUGCCAUUCAAGCUCUGAGUGCCGCGGGAAGCUGCAGCUGUCUCCCACCUCCAUGUGAUUGUCCCCCGAAGUGCAUUCAAUACAUGACCGGGUAUUAUUACUAUCCAUAUGGUACAUGGUUCUGUGGACCGUACCACGUAUCUGGUACUUGCAGCCCAUGUUCUGGACCGGUAACCGCGGGCGGACCUUGCGGUCCUGGCGGACCCUGCCCCGGAUCGUCAUGCGGCCCACCCGGUUUAGGGUGCAAAUGUGGUCCUUGUCUACCAUGCUGCGGUUGUGUGUUUGAAACAGGUAAUACUAAUAACUAUGGAAUGUGGAACCACUGUGCACCAUCUAGUUGUAGCAUGCCAGGAGCAAACAACAACGGACCGAUAGACGUUCUAGGUCAAUUUGGAUCUAACCAUGGUGCAAGCGGAUCUGUCAGCUAUGGUAUUCCUGGCCAAUUUCACAAUGGACCCGUGGACGUGCUGGGACAAUUUGGAUCCAGUUUUAAUCCUAUGGGAUCGGACUAUCACCCAGGACCGGUCGAUUUUUCUGGACAGUUCGGCCCUGCCUAUGGUUAUCCACACCCUCUUCAACCCCAGUAUCCUCAGAGUAAUUUCUAUAAUCAGAUGCCGCAAUAUGAUAGCCAGGGUCCCUGUAUGGGUCCAUGCUUCAAUGUACCAUGUGAACCUACUGCCGUGGAGCCUUUCAUCAGGCCUGAGAAUUUUAUCCCCCAAGCUACGUUUCCGGAGUAUUAUCAGAAGCAGCAACAGAUGGAAGCGCCAAAGCCAAUGAAGGCGAGAUGCAACGCGUUUCCAUUGUUGAAAAAGAGUGACAAAAGUCAAAACAAAGAUGGUAAAGCGGCCGUUGUGUCGUCGGCCGCUGAAUCAUUCACAUCGACGACUUGUCCCCAAAAUGUUAAACCAAAGCCGAUGCUGGGUCCACUACCAUUUAAAUUCAACAGAGGCAAGUAA